ACGUUCCCCAAACCCUUAAAGACACAGUACACUAAUGCAAAUAUCACAGAUAUUACAGUAUUGUACUUAGCCGCUAAGACACCGAUCGAUCCCACCUACAACGUUCUUCUUUGCAGUCUCCAUUGUUCAUUAAACAAAUUUCAAAAGAUUCACCAACACAGAUGUCCAGAAUACUGUGGAAUUUUGUCGAAGAAAACAAGAGGCUUUUCUAUCGGGUCCGAUGGGGUCCAACCACUUCCGUUGCUUUUGUGACGUCACGCGCAUAAAUCAUAUCCAAAGGAGUUUUUCAACCGGAAGUGUGGCGGGAAUUUUAAAAUUGCACUUUAUAAGUUAACCCGGCCGUAUUGGCAUGUGUUGCAAUGUUAAAGGCCUACUGAAAUGAAAUUUUUUUAUUUAAACGGGGAUAGCAGAUCUAUUCUAUGUGUCAUACUUGAUCAUUUCGCGAUAUUGCCAUAUUUUUGCUGAAAGGAUUUAGAAUAGAAAAACGACGAUAAAGAUAGCAACUUUUGGUAUCUGACAAAAAAAAGCCUUGCCCCUACCGGAAGUAGCGUGACGUGGACAAUUGAACAUAUCCGCAAAGCUCCCUAUUGUUUGCAAUGAUGGCCGCCAGAUCUGAGAGCGAUUCUGACCGAGAUAGCGACGAUUUCUCCAUUAAUUUGAGCGAGGAUGAAAGAUUUGUGGAUGAGGAAAGUGCAAGUGAAGGACUAGUGGGGAGUGGAAGCGAUUCAGAUAGGGAAGAAGCUGUGAGAGGGAUAGAGCCAUAUCGCUUUGAACCCGACGCUGAUGAAGACGGUCAGGAGGACGCUGCUGCUAUUGAUGCUGGAGGAGCACACGACAUAGAUCGCCUUGAGAAUACAGAAUGGUGUACAUGUCAAAACUGUGUGAACAUGGAGACAGUGGCUGAGUGUGUCUGCUGUAGUGAAAUAGAGGCAGUGACCAGAACGAUGGAGGAGGAGGGGGUGAAGACGUGCAUCAUAGACCACCAUGGCUUUCCAUCUGUGUGUCUGGAUGAAUGGGUGCUGCAGACAGCGUAUAACGCCUACAAACAGCAAUAUGGCAUGCUGCAGCAACAGCAAAAUGAGCGGAGACGACACACAGCCUAUCGACAGUUUGUCCGCUUCUGCUGGGGAUAUCUGGGAAAGGACAUAAGGGUGGUACUACCAGCUUGUGUAGUACAUAAGAUUAGGACAACAUUCCCAUCGAUGGACUACACGGGGUUCCAAGACGUGCAGUGACUGCAACAGAAUCUACAUGGCCACUGUACUUAAUCAAUAAAAUCAAUCAAUCAAUCAAUCAGUCAAUCAAUCAAUGUUUAUUUAUAUAGCACUAAAUCACAAAUGUCUCAAAGGGCUGUACAAGCCACAACGACAUCCUCGGUACAGAGCCCACACACGGGCAAGGAAAACUCACCCCAGUAGGACGUCGAUGUGAAUGACUAUGAGAAACCUUGGAGAGGACCGCAUAUGUGGGUAACCCCCCCCCUCUAGGGGAGACCGAAAGCAAUGGAUGUCGAGUGGGUCUAACAUAUUAGUGAGGGUCCAGUGGAGCCAGCAGGAGGCCACCCCGAGCGGAGACGGGUCAGCAGCGCAGAUGUCCCCAACCGAUGCACAGGCGAGCGGUAUACCCCGGGUCCCAACUCUGGACAGCCAGCACUUUAUCCAUGGUCACCGGAAUAACCCCUCCACGUGGGGGGGGGGGCAGAGGAGAAAAGAAAAGAAACGGCAGAUCAACUGGUCUAAAAAGGGGGUCUAUUUAAAGGCUAGAGUAUACAAAUGAGUUUUAAGAUGGGACUUAAAUGCUUCUACUGAGGUAGCAUCUCUAACUGUUACCGGGAGGGCAUUUCACACUUACCGAAGCGACUCCUGUGCUUGGCGAUGGCUUCCUCCUUGUCUGGCUUCUCCAGUUCAUCGCAGAGGAAGGGAGGCACAUCCACAGUGACGCUGAGUGGUGUUCUCUCGUCAGGGGUCUGUCUGCAGCCAGCAACAACCUCCCUGAUCAAGUCAUCUACGUAGCCUGCAAAAUACAAUUGUACAUGUUCCUGCUCACAACAUAAUAUACUCAUGGAGAGUGAAACUUGACAGUAUUAUUAUCAUGAUACAAAGUGUCAAGUGUUUACAUGUUUUGUGUCCUCUACACUUACGGUAUGUUGGCUCUGUCGCGAUUUUCUUGACCACAUGGCCCCCUGCUUUAUACUUCGGGUA